AUGGCCGGGACGUGCUCCAAAGUCCCGAGUCCUGCAGUCCGCAGGCUCCCCCCGGCUCCCGCCCCUCACUUCAAAGCCGGUGACCGCACAGGUACCUCCGCGGGGUCCCCCGCCCCCGCCGGGGCGCCCCCCCUUCCCAGCGCCCUCGGGGCGGGGGCCGGGACUCGGCGCUCCGGGCUGCGAGCGGGGGAGCUCGGCUCCGCGCCCCCGAAAGCGCCCCGACCCACACCUGGGGCUCAGCCCAGCCCUUCAAACGGGGCUGCCGUUCUGUCGGUCUAUACGUCUGGAAAUAGAGACCCUUCGGUGGUGGCUUUUUCACUUCAGCACCCGAGGUCCGUGCAGACCCCCCCAGCAGCACGGCGAGGCUGCGAGGGGUGCGGCGGCCCCCGCGGCCCCGCCGGCGGCGCCUCCCCGCCGGGUGGCCUCGGGGCGGUGCUGCCCCGCUUCCCGGAGCCCAGCCCCGCGGGAGCAACACCCUCCGGGACGCGGGGCGGCCCACGCAGGGCUCGCUCCGUACCUGGCAAAAAAAAAAAAAAAGAGCAGGCACAGAGGCGACCACGCUCCUCGGAUGCUGCUACAAACCGCGGAGGCGUUUCGCCGGGCGGAGCAGACGUGGCGGCCGGCAAAGCCGCGCUCCCCGCCGGCCGGCCCCGCGGGACGCCCACGCCGGGAUGCCCGCCGGGCGGGCGGGCCGGGACGGGCGGGGAGGGGACGGAAGGGGAGGCCGGGGGUUGUGCAAAGUCGCAGCGCCUCCUGUUGUCCGGCUGCAGCGGGGGAGGACGUCCACGGGAGCCCGCGGUGCCGGCGCAGGCCGUGAGAGCUGGGCCCCGCAACGGCCACUCAGCAAGAGGCCGCUUUUUGGGAAGAGCAUCGCUGCGGGCUCCCGGCUGUCGGGCCGGGCCGAGGGGCCUCGCCCGUGGGAAGGGCCCUCCGGCCGCGCCGUGGGGAACAGAGCGGGCACCGGCGCGGCGCUGCCCACGCGGGGAGCCGCCACGGCCCGGGAGCCCGUCGACGCCCCUUGCCCAGCCCUGCUGGGGAGCGCUGCCCGCAGAGGCAGCGCCCGCCGGCCACCCCUUCGGUUUAACCUACAGGGUCUCGUUUGGUUUUACCCUAACGCCAUCGCCUCCUGGCUGGGAAUCUCGCGGCCAGUGCUUGUGGGACGGACCGGGAAGGAGCUGCGAGGCGGUGUCCGCAUCAGGGUGCCUGCCCUCCUCCCCACUCUACAGCCGCCUUUUCUUUCCCCCGGGUCUGCCUCCUGCAGAGGGCCGCUGGUACCCGGCUUUCCAAGCGGGCCCUACACGAGGAGGGGAGCUGCGAAGCGAGUCGCCUCAAACGCAGUGGGACCCCUCAGUCUCUCCUACCCCCUCCCUGUCCUUACCCAUCCACGCCUCACGACGGUGGGAAAUGCCUCUUUCCAUCUGUUUCCGACCCGGAAUCCUCCCCCACCCGAGCGGGCGAACAGUGAUCGGGUGGGAACGUGCCGCUGGCCGGGGUCGGGUCCUUUGGACGGGACGGGACGGGGAGCCCGGGCGGUCCCCGGGCACUCCGGGAGCGGGUGUCGGUGGCCGCCGGGAGCGCCCCUCGCUCCGGAGGGAGCCCAUCGAGGCUGCGGCGAAGUCGGGGGGCUUGGGUGCCUCCCUCCCACGGGCAGAGCCGCCCUGGUUCUGCGCUCCUGCCGCUGGGCCCUCGAUGAGGACAGCCGGCGGGGGUCCCUCCGGCUGCCCGGAGCACCCCCCGGCGGGGCGGUGGCUCCUGGGUCCCCGUCCCCGGAGCUGGCGAGCCGGUGCGAUGCGACAAGGUGGCGUUUAUGCUCCUCUGGCCCGGGGGCAGCGCCUGGGCAGGGGAAGGCGCUGCAUGGGGCCAACACUUGCGUUGGAGCCUUUUCUGCGUGAACUUUUCCUACCCACGACGAUCACAGCAAAGGGGACCCCCUUCCCCCGAGCAACCCGAGACGUGCCCUCCCGCUGCCCUGUCCCCGGCAGGGAGGGCCGGGGGGGCACCCCUCGCCCGCCGGACCCUGCCCCCCGCCGCCUGCUGCCCGGCCGCGGGGUCUCCGCCCUUUCAUCAGCCCCCGCGGGCCCCGGCGGGCCGGGACCCCGGGCAGGUGCCGCCCUGCUGCCGGCCGCAGCGCAGCGGCGGGUCGCCCCGCCGGUGGUCCAGUCCUGCCGCGGCCCCGGGCCCCGGGAGCGCUCCCGCGGGAGCCGGGGCACCGGGCGCGCUGCCGGGCUCUCACGGGCCACACUCGGGGUCCGCCCGACACGGGCGCUGUGCGAGGCCCCGGAGGCAUUGUGUAGCUCCUUGCAGUAG